UCUCAUCCUUGCAUCGCUGCUGCUAUCCGCUGAUGUUCAGCCACUGAGCCAACAGCGCAACAACCCGACCAUCGCGUGCAGGCAAUGAGGAGACCCAAUCUCUUUGCUCGGAGACUGCCGAGGUGAUCCCUUUGAAUCGCAAAUGACCUGCGGCUCUGCGAGCGGCACUGGUCUCGUCGCUGGGGACAUGUCCGUCGCAGACCGGCACGGCCGACGGCUGACUCAUUCCGACGCAGUGAUCGGGCCGGCCUGGCCUUUGUUUGGUCUCGUCAAUCUCGAACGCUCGCACUCCAACACCGGCCCCCAUCGCUCUCAUCUGCCCAGCCCCGUCCAAACUCGCCCUUCGACAAUGCCAGAGACCGUCGAUCCCUCGGCCCACGUCUGGCCCUCCCGUGACGACUCUCAUGGCUGGACCCUCGCCCCGAUCAUCGUCUUUGAGAAGACAUGGUGGUCAUUCUUCCGGCUGGAUCCGCUCGGUUCAGGGCAACCCCAGAUGAUCUCGAUAAACGGCAAGAACGGCCUCAUCCAAGACACCAAGCACAAGCUCUGGUCCGAGAUCGACAAGCACCGCGACUCUGAGCUACUGUUCAUAUCGAGCGAGACGGCCACCGAAGAGAACCACCACUUUGACUACUGGCAGAGCUUCAGCAAGAAGCUGCUGUCCGAGCCAUGGCCCAGCCGCCGGGAUCUCAGGGGCUGGACCAUGGCUUCCCCGCCCAACCUCUGCACCUCGCUCUUCCGCAUGGCGCCCUCGGGGUCGGGCCAUCCGCAGCUGAUUUCGUGCGAUGGCGUCGACGGCAUCUGGGCCAAGGAUCCCGAGGACUUUUGGGAAAAGAUUGCCGCGCUCAAGGACACCCCGUUGAUGUAUAUCCAGCCCAUCGAGGGCGGCGAGCUGCAUCGGGAGAAGUUUGGCAUUACCGGAUACGAGCCCGAGCUGGAGCACUGGGUCCUGUACGUCAAGCACCUCCUGGACUCGACCGCCCAGCGGUAGAUCGUCGCAGGAUAAGCCGGUGCCGGUGUCGAGGUCGUCGCCUCUGGCUGGCCACGGCUGACCACGGCGCUGUUGCUUCUCUGUCGGUGGCGGCUGCUUCGAUGGCCGUUUGUCUUGCAGGAACUCGUCGAGAGGCUGUUACUUCAUCGGCAGAAAUGUCGAUAAUCAGCGGGCCACAAUGGCGUCUCCUCGCUCCCGAUGCCUCUGCAUACAUCUCUGUCCCUCGUCCGCGAAACCAGACCAUUGUCGCCUUGGUACGCCAAAACGAAUCGGACAUCCUGUUCCCCGAGCCUGUCGACAG